AAUAGUCUUUAUAAAUUAAUUUUUUAUAAUUAUUUUAUAAUAUUUAGAACUCACGUAAUUAAAAAUCCCGGUUCAUAUUAACGUGACUUCCUGUUGAACAUAUACACAAACACGUACAACAAUAAGACAAAAUAUUUAAUUUUGAGUGUUUAUUAAAGCUUAAUAUCGAUAUGGUGGCUGAAUUAAAUUGCAUUCCAAGUAUAACAGUCAAGAAGAAAGGACAAAAAAAUAAUAAAAAUUCAGUAUCAUUUGACAAUAUUGAUAAUAAUAUUAUAAAAACAGUGAAAAGACCAAGUUGGAUUGAAAUAGCAAUACGUGAAUCAAUUCCAAAAUUUAUUAAUGAAGAUAAUGAACCUAAGAAACUAACAAAUUAUCAAAAUUUUGUUAAAAAAAAAAUUAAUAUUAAUAAUGUGAUUGAUGAAGAGUGUAGUAUAAAAAGUGAUAACGUUAAUAUUAAUAUUGAAGAAACUUUUAUUGAUUACAAAGAGCCAAUUUACAGUGUUGUUGAUUUUUCGAAAAAAAGUCGUGAUAAAAAAAUUGGAGAUAAUAAUAAUGCUGAUUAUUUAAUACAUCAAAAAGAAUUAUUAGAAAAAAAUAAACAACUUUCAGAGUGGUUAGAAAAUUCUAAAGCAUCAAUAAAUAAUAGAGACUUUAUUUUUAUUGAAAAAAAUAAUUUUAUUAAAAAAAUGAAAAAUAAAGAAUCAAGUGAUGAUCCUUGGUUGAAUCCUGUAUCAAUUCCACGUGGUGUUAUAAAUAUAGAAAAUCAAAAUAGAUAUCGUAAGAUAUUUAAAGAUGAAAAUCAUGAUAUUAUGAUGGAAAAAAAUGAUGAUAUAACUGAUGAUAUGAUGUCAACAAAUGUUGAUUCGAUAAGUGAAUUUGGCACAUUGAGCUAUCAAAAACAUUCAAAAAUAAAUUACGAUAUUCAAAAAAAUAUACCGUCAAUUGAACAUGACGAUAAUUGGAAAUUUGUUGCUAAAAAAAUCCAUGAAAAUCAACAAAAUGAUAGUUUAAAAUUUGGGAUAGAAAAAAUAAUGGAAAAUAGUCAUAUUGAUGGUACUAAUGAAUCAACAAGUAAUAUUGAUGAUGAUAAUACAUUACCAAAGUAUUCAGUAAAUAAUACAGGUGCUAACAAUGAAUCUCAUGAUAAGGACAGUUUGAAUGAAACUGGAAGUAACACUGAGGAUCUCGUGGAGGGAAAUCAAUCAGGAAGUGCUCACAAUCGACGUAGUGGAAAGCCAACAAGUGCUAAUAUAUUAUCAUCAGAUUUACCUGAAAAUAGACCAAACACCACAACGGCUUCACCAAGGUCACUCGUCUCCAGGAUUCUCGCAGGAGCGAGAUCCCCCGAUAAUGAUCUUCUUGAUAAUUCAGAACCCUAUUCUCAAUUAUGGAUUGUCCUUUCCAAUGUUUAUGGUGAAUUAAUUAUCAUUAUGAUGAUGGCCUUGUGUUUAGCUGAGGUCAUGGAUACUCCAGUGCCACUUUUAAGUGUCCAGAGUUUUUUCUUAAUUUAUCUUUACGUUGGAAGUAUCAUCGUCAUAAUCAGCAUUUAUCUUUGGGUCCUGAUGGAUAGUUGUGGAAGUUUAUCAGGUAAUUCUGAUGAUGCUGAACUUGGAGGAACAUCUCUCACGCGAUUUGGUUCACUAAAAAGAGCUCAUAUUUCAAGAUCAAAAACAGCAUCAACGAGUUUUUACAUUCGUGUUGGUGCACUUUUAUUUGGCUUGGCAACUUUGGUAUUCAAUGGCAUUGAAAUGGCAAUGUAUUCACUGAUGCAAGGCGCAGAUUGUUUGAGUGAUAUUGUCUUUGUUCAUCCAGUUCUUCAUGGACUUUUUACAUUUUUACAAAUGCAUUUUUUAUUUGUCAAUUCUCAGGUUUUAGUAGAAAAAUUUGGACUAGCAGCAAGAUUUGGAUUUACUCAUCUUGCUGCAACAAAUAUUGCAGUAUGGGUAAGAUUAGUUAUCUGGGAUUCAGCUCAAGAAUGGACAUACUUUGUGCAUUUGGCACAAAAAGGUCCUGAAAUAUCUUCUUCACCAUUGAGCCUCAGAAGAUUUCCUAGUGUGUUGAAUAGAAAAACUCGUGAUAUCAUUGAUGUUACGAGUACAGCAUUUGGAAAUUCAUUUACAGCAAAAUCAUUUUAUCAGCCAAUAUCUGAUGAACAAAUAUCACAAGUUGUAACUCUUCAACAGUGUUUAAAUACAAAUACACUGGGACAAUUGUGGACUUCUAGUAUGCUUUUUCUUUAUCCCUUCAUUGUUCAAUUUAGUUUAAUAGCGGCAGCAGUAACUUUUGUAAUGGGACAAAAUGUAGGUAGAAAUCGUUUUUCACACAAACACAAAUUUCAUAGUAUUAAAGAUUUGACAAGUCAUACAAGAAUUGGCUGUGACAGUUCCAGUAAAGGUCUUUUUCUUGGUAUACUAUCAAUGACAGCUGGUAUUGUUGUUAUUUUAAUAUUUCUUGUUGUUCGUGAAAAUGAAAAAUUUCCACCAACAACAUUAUCAUGGUUAACAAAUGGUACACUUAUUGCAAUAUUAGGAUUAAGUUCAUUAAUGACAAUAAGUGGUCUUGUGCAAGUACGUCAAAUGUCAAUUGUCUCAAGAGCACCACCAUCACUUGAUACAAUUUUAUCAAAUAUAACAAUAUUUGGUGUACAACUUUAUUGUAUAUUUACAGCAGUUGUUUGUGCUUGUUCAUUAAUAUCAUAUUCAACAAAUGUUAAUGAUGAAAUUGAUGAUGAUUCACGAGGACGACAUAUUAUGUUACUUAUUGCAUCAAUAUUACAAUUAUUUCAAUGUUUUGCACAAAGUACAUUAAUUGCUGAAGCAUCAAAAAGAAGUUGUAUUACUAGAUAUCAAAUGAUUGCUAAACCAGCAAGACAAGUUAUAACAUUUUUAUUAUUUAGUAAUGCAGUAUUAUGGGCAUUUGAUACUGUCGUAACACAAACAUGGAUUACCCAAGAAUUACAAUUGAGAUUUUUUGGUGUUCUUGCAUGGGGUAUCAUAUCAAGAAUAUGUUUACCAUUAUUAAUAUUUUAUAGAUUUCAUAGCUGUGUUUUAUUACUUGAAGCUUGGAAUAAAUGUUACAGAACACCGAGAGGUGAACUUUCACUCAAUUGACGAAUACUUGAUCGUUUAAAACAAUCAUCUAG